CAUUUUUAAACUGCAGCAGCCUCAGCUGUCAAAACAGCGCAGCGGCAGGACGGAGCUCAUGACAGCAGUCUGAAGCCAUGAGGACCAGUGAGUUUGACUCUUCAUCUGAGGAGGAGGAGGUCGGCGAGGAGCAGCUGACUCCCUUCCAGAUCUCCUGGUUGCCCCUGUCCGAGGUGGGCUGCUCCCAGUUUCUUGGUAUCUGUCCACUGCCAGGAUGCAAAUACAAAGAUGUGCGCAGAAAUCUGCAAAGAGACGUUGAGGAGCUCCACAACCAGGGAGUCCAGGACGUGUUUGUUUUCUGUACCAGAGGUGAACUUCACAAGUACCGCGUCCCCUCCCUGCUGGAGGUCUACCAGCAGCGGGGCUUCACAGUGCACCACAUGCCCUUCCCAGACGGGGGCGCUCCUGAGCUGGGGCACUGCUGCCAGAUCCUGGAGGAGCUGCGGUGCAAUCUGGAGAACGACAGGAGGACCGUGAUCCACUGUUACGGAGGUUUGGGACGCUCUGGAUUAAUCGCCGCCUGCCUGCUGCUCCAGCUGUCCGUCACCAUGACGCCCAACACAGCCAUCGAGAUCCUCAGGGAGCAUCGAGGAGUUGGAGCGAUCCAGACGGUGAAGCAAUAUAACUUCCUCCACGAGUUUCGGGAAAGGUACGCCGCCUUCCAAGAGAGCAAAGAGGUUUCAACGGAGCGGUCGGUUUCUCGGUGACCAGUGCCCUCACUCAUGUUUUUUUUUUUGUUUUGUUUUUUUUUCCCCAAUCAUCAAAAAAGCAUGCAAAAUAUUGAUGUCUUUAAAUUUUGCACAGUUGUAAUUAUUGUAUUCUGUAGUGACUGCACUUUAAAAGAAUACUUUAAUAUAUUGCUUUGGGUCAUCCACGUGUUAAUCAGCUAAAUCUGGAAAUGCUGUUUUGCUGUUUUGAGUCUCUGCGUUUAUGAUGAUGAUUAUUAUUAUUAUUAUGAUUAUUGUUGUAUUUCACAUCAUUUAUUCCACAUCACAUUUAUGAGGUGACGGGGAUUUUAGUGAAAAUGUGAACAAUGUCAACCAAAAAUGACCAUUAGUUGUCACAUAUUUAUUCUUCUGAAAAUAAUACUUAAAUAAUAAUAAUAAUUAAAGUGGAUUGGAGCUUCCCGGCCAUCAACUCCCAACAUUUUAAGGAAAAUAUAUCAGUGAUAUUUGGUCAACAUGUCUGGAAUUUAACAUCUUGAAUAAGUUCUUAUGUUUUUACCCAAUAUCUGUUUUAAAAAUUAAACCCUUAAACAAGAUUGAAACCUCUGCGAGUUCUUAUUUUGCCAAUGUGAGUGCUUGAAUUUUUCAAAACGAGACCUGAGAGUGAUUGAAAAAUCACUGAAUUUCAGUCUGUUAACCUUCAUUUCAUGUUGACAUAUUUUCCUCUGGUAUCAGAUUUUGUUUUUAUGUAAUUGCUGUCAGAACUGAUUGACUUGUGUACAAAGAACUUUUCAUUUGGGUGGAUUUAUCAAUAAAAAAUGAUUUCAAACUCU